GCCCACCAGAGGCUGUGAAUGGUAGACAACUCAUCGUAUUUCGUUCCACUGGCGAGUAUCACACCAGUUAGAGUGUGGGGAGGCUGAGCAGAGCGCACAGCUACAGUCAGCGAUCCUCAGAUGUCAUGUAAAGUAACUGGCAGAACAGUGGAAAUUUUUAUCUGAGAGGAUGAUGACUGUGCUUUAAAAGCACUGAAAUACGCACGAUUCUUUUUUUUUUAUUCAUAGGAUUUCAUGUGCGCGCUAAAGUGGCCAUGGCGCAUUUUACGCACUACAGGUAACCAGUGUUUUGGAGGCUAAAACAACCAAAUCAUGGAUUAAACUGCAAGUAUUUUUCCCCACUUUCUUCAGCAGAGCUGAAAUGGCGGCACUUCGUAGAAAAUUUGGCGAAGACUAUCAGGUGGUUAACACAAAUCGGGCUUCAUCUUUUUCUGCUCCGGUCAAGAAAAAACGCCAGCGUUUCGUGGAGAAGAACGGUCGCUGCAAUGUGCAGCACGGAAACCUCGGUGGAGAGACCAGCAGAUACCUCUCUGACCUGUUCACCACUUUGGUAGACUUAAAGUGGCGAUGGAACCUACUGAUCUUCAUCCUAACUUACACCAUCGCAUGGCUGGUCAUGGCAUCGAUGUGGUGGGUCAUUGCGUACAUCAGAGGAGAUUUAAAUCAUGGCCACGACUCAUCCUACACCCCCUGUGUGGCCAAUGUUUACAACUUCCCCUCAGCUUUUCUGUUCUUCAUCGAGACUGAGGCCACAAUUGGUUACGGCUACCGGUACAUUACGGAGAAGUGCCCGGAGGGCAUAAUCCUUUUCUUGUUCCAAUCGCUGCUGGGCUCCAUAGUGGACGCUUUUCUCAUCGGUUGUAUGUUCAUAAAAAUGUCCCAACCCAAGAAACGCGCAGAAACGCUCAUGUUCAGUCAGGACGCGGUGAUUUCUCUGCGAGACGGCAAACUGUGCCUCAUGUUCCGUGUGGGCAACCUACGGAACAGCCACAUGGUGUCCGCACAGAUCAGGUGCAAGCUUAUAAAGUCUCGUCAGACACCUGAGGGCGAGUUCCUGCCUCUGGACCAGUGCGAAUUGGAUGUAGGCUUUGGAACGGGUGCAGACCAGCUCUUUCUGGUAUCCCCUCUCACCAUUUGUCAUGAAAUUAAUCCCAAGAGCCCCUUUUUCGACCUAUCCCAGCGCUCUCUCAUGAGUGAACAGUUUGAAAUUGUCGUUAUCCUCGAGGGCAUCGUUGAAACUACCGGUAUGACAUGCCAGGCAAGAACGUCAUACACUGAGGAUGAGGUUUUAUGGGGCCAUCGUUUCCUACCAGUAAUGUCCCUGGAAGAGGGUUUUUUCAGGGUCGACUACUCUCAGUUCCACAGCACGUUCGAGGUGCCGACACCACCGUACAGUGUCAAGGAGCAUGAAGAGAAGAAUUCUCUCCCCUCGCCUCUGUCUACUCCUACCCCCGCACUGACUGAGAGCCACGGUGCCCGACGUGACCGCGUGUUUUCUGUGGAUUGUAUUAACACUGCUGAGGAAAGGGGCCAUCAUGUAGGGACUGGGGUUCGACUUCCAAGCAAAUUGCAGAGGAUGAGUUCAUCGGGGAAGGAGGACCUUCAGAGGAAAGUGCUUAUGCUUAGCUCCCAGCACUCAGAGAAGGCCUGCAGCACCGGAGACCUCCCCCUAAAGCUGCAACGUCUCAGUUCCUCACCUGGCCCCGAGGCAGCAAAUCGUCUAGGGUUAAAGUCUCUCAAGGUGGGCUUUGAACCCAUGACCCAGUCAACUGGAGACCUGUACCAACACAGCCUGCCAUCCACGCUGUCCCCUGCUCCGGUUCCCAUGCACAGCCCACUUCUUUCAGCCGGUGGGAGGUUGGAGGAUAACUUGCCACCAAAGCUAAGGAAGAUGAAUGCCGACCGCUGAAAUCCAGACAGUCCUGGACUAUAACAACAUACAGACAGUGACCUCUGACCACAAACACAUGAAAAGAAGAGUCAAAGAUGUACUUUACCCUUGGAGGCUUUGAUUAAAACAAAAAAAACAAGAGGUUUAUUCAUUUUUAUUUCUUGAGACUAAAUCUUUACUGGAAUUACUGUGAUUUUGUGCUUAGCAGAGGCUAUGCUAUUAUUAAUUUACGCUUUGGUACACACAACCAGAAAACACAAACUUUGAGCUUAAAGCAAACUUGAUUAUUCUGCAAGAGUUGUGCAUGUAUACACUAAAUCCAUUGUUUAAUGUAUGCACCACUACACUUAACUGUCAAUCUUAGUUUUAUCUAAAUAUAAAUUAUAUUAAGAUGAUAAUA